GCUCUGUGGUGUAAGACAUUACGGUAAAGACACAAAUAUUAAUCUGCUCCGAACUUAAAUUCCGACACCUCCUCGGUAAACUACUGAAAAGUAUUUUGCGCAAUGUCUAUCGUGUUAAGGUUCCUUUCUACCGACUCGGCCCCGGCGGCCAUCGGACCAUACAGCCAGGCGGUGGUGGUUGGUAGAACCAUGUACAUCUCCGGUCAGAUUGGACUCGACACGGUGUCUGGUCAGCUGGUGGAGGGAGGAGUCCAGGCCCAGGCCAAGCAGGCACUCACCAACAUGGGAGAGAUCCUCAAGACUGCUGAAUGUGACUACAACAACGUGUGUAAGACCACCGUGUUGCUGGCGGACAUUGAUGACUUCAACGCCGUCAACGAAGUCUAUAAGACCUUCUUCACCAGUCACUUCCCUGCCAGAGCAGCCUACCAGGUCGCUGCUCUACCCAGGGGUGCUCUUGUGGAGAUUGAAGCGGUGGCGGUAACGGGACCCAUCAGCGAUCAAUGACUAGACGGCCCCCUCAUACACAAGUUAUAGUACACACACACACACGCACGCACGCACGCGCGUUAUAACAUACACAGUUCUCACCUGAUGACGUGGUUAUAGCAUUCCCAUCCAACUCCAGCAUCAGUGCAGAGUCAUUUAAAGUACCCCCGGACCUUGUUUGGUUGGCUGUGCCUACUUAUGUAAUGGUACAAGCCACAUUUUUUCCUUUCUUAAAUAAAAAAGAAAAGUCACAAACUG